AGUAUGGGACUACCAGUCACAGCGCCGAGCAGCGCUCCAUCCAGUACCCUGCCAAGCAUGUCUACCCUGGACAAUGGGGGCAGCAAGAGUCGCAAGAAGCUCUCACAAAGACUCUAUCGUUCAACCGAGGCAGAAGAUUUUGAACAACUGCGUCAGAUCAUCCAAGAGCUAACUAAAGAGAAUCCCCUCACAAGACACGAUGUUCUGAUCAAAGGUUUGUAUGUUCAAAAGCUCGGGAUUGACGAAUAUACUGAUUUUAGUGUAGCUAUCGGGAUCAUCAGGCAUCUUGAUAGAGAGUAUCGUGCUCUUCUUGCAGAGCAUGUUGCGGCUUUGACCUCUACUUAUCCCUCUGGCUCCUCUAUGCAACAUUUUGCUUUCCAUCCUGCAGUAUCACAAUUUCCAGCUGAUAGUUGGUCAGUGAACCAUGGCGUACAAACGACGCCGAUGCAUCCGCACAUGCCGUCUCCUGGAUCGUCAAAUAUCGCAUACAGCACUUAUGAUAGACAAAACAUGGAUGCUGUGCAUAAUUACUAUAUUUCGCCUACUAAUUAUUGACGUCACUAUCUUUCCUUACAGUAACAUAGUAUUAUAUACCUGAUAGAAGAGAAUGCGCCCGCUGCGGCUCAUUACUAUCAUACAGCGUUUAAACUCCAAAUAUACGUUAUGAGUUUCAUCUUCGAG